GGGAGGAUGCGUAUAACAAAAACUUAAAUCAGCUGAAGGAGCAAAAGGUUGGUCUAAUUCUUCCUUUGGUUUCUCACCCAGUGUUCGGCACCUGCUUCCUAAUUAAUCUGGAUUUGUGCGGGGAAGUUUCACCUUCUGAGGCUAUAGUUUAGGAUGGAGGGUACAUAUCACUCUACCACAAUUUUUUUUUCUUGAUAAGGUAAAAUUUUCACUCUACCACAAUUUUUUUUUCUUGAUAAGGUAAAAUUUUCACUCUACCACAAUCUUUGAUAGUCGUCUACCACUAAUUCAUUCUACUGUUUUGCUUGUUAUGCACUCUCAAUAAUUGACGCUUCUUUCUCUUUUGUGAGCAUGAGAGACAUGCAAAGAUAUGGCAAAACAAUAUCAUACGCCUAACUUUCUAAAGGGUUUUCUUAAAAUAGGUAAACCAAAAUUAGUAUCUUGUACAUUAUCAUUUACUUAAAGAGUUUAUUGUAAUUCGGAUUAUGGCAACUAUAAUAUCGAAGGAUUCAAAUUAUCAACAUUUCAUUUGUUUUGGCGAUGCAAUAUGUAGGGAAAUAUUGUAAUGCUAAUCAAAACCAUUGGGUUAACAUUUUCUCAACCAAGGAAAUACAUGCAUACAACCUCUAAAAUGUAUAUAUCUAUGCUUAUCCUCCUGACAUUUAAAAAAUCACUGCAUGAAUUAUAAUACAGAAAUGGAAGAGAAUAAGAUAGUGCAGGAACUCUAUUGCCGGAGCUACAUUAAUCAAACAUAUGAUUUUGUAAGAAUUCAAAACAUAAACAAAAGAGUAUGGGUUAAAAAUAUUCAACUCGUGUUUGAACUACUUUUCUGAAGACACAUGCAUGAGGUGAAGAAAGGAAAGAACAUUUUGGCAAUAAGUUUUUGAGUCACGAUAAGAUACAUGAAUUUGACAUAUAAGUUGCAUUGUAUUUAUUGAGGUGUGACUCUGCGUUCAACUUACAUUGUACUCAUUUCUUUAAAUGUAGAACCAAUGAAGCUUUGGUGUGGUAUUACUAAGAGGUCCAUUAAUUUUGCACCAAUUACUUUCGGGUAAUAAAUACUCGCAUUUUCUAUACUUGACCCAAAAAAUUAGAAAAUUAAACUACACAGUAUUUCCACUGUGUACAAUUUUUUUUUUUUUCAACAGAUAAAAAUAGGAUUUGAAUUUCUUAAAUGACAUGAAUCCCUCCUAACAAGUUAACAAAAUUCACUUCUCGGCAAAACUUUGACACCCACAAAACCAUUACAAAAAAGAGAGAGAGAGAGAAAAAAAAAAAAAACUCCUAAUUCCUUUGCGUUUUUGUCUCCCUCUCUUAUCCUUCAAAAUUUUCAUUUCCUUUUUUAUGUCAUCUUCUUCUCCUCUUCCUUCUGGUUGUCCCCAAGAAAUCCCAAUCCCUACUUGCAGAGGCAAUAUGUAAUUGAAUAUAUAUACUAUAUAUGCAUAGGUAUAUACCCCCUCUAUAUAUUCAAUUACAUCUUCAUUUUUAUAUCUCAUUUCUUUUUUCUUUUUCUUUUUUUCAUUUCAAGAAUUUCUCUUUAUUUACCCAAUAGCAAACACAAUUCUACAUAAAUUUUACCUUUACAUAGACCAGAAAACCAGAAGUCCCUUACAAACUUGCUUUUAGUUUUAUGUCUUUUUUGACACGUAAGAGAUAUAAUAAGGUCAUUUUCUCUCUAUUCAAUUUGUAAGUGGCCAUAAGAGAUCAUUUCCUUGAAUUUCAUUGUGAUUUGUAUAGUUUUGGUAUAAUUGGGCUUUUGUUUGGUUUUCAACCAAACAAAACUAAUAGCAUGAGGGUCCAUCCUAUGUGCAUGAAACGUAACAUUGCCAUACGUGAAGGUAUCGAUUCAGGUUCAGGUUCGGAUAUCUUAGCAGUUAUGGAAGGAAACCCCAUGAAGAAGCUUCGUAAACUACCUCACGUAUUUGGGAAGGUUCUUGAACUUCCAUUCCGUUCCGAUGCUGACGUGGCGGUGGAGGAAGGCCCUGAAUUCUUCCGUUUCGUGGCAGAGAUGGAAUUUGAGGGCGAGGGAGAUGCAGGAGGCGUGAGGGUGCAUGCAGUGGAGAUACAUACCGGGAUAACGAAGAUUGUGGUGAGGAAUGGUGUUGCUGGAGAUGGUGGUGUUAAUGGUGGUGGUGGUGGUGGUGGUGAAGAGGAGUUGUUGUUGGAAGAGCUGAAGGUGGACACGUGGAGGUUCAGGUUGCCAGCUACGACGAAGCCGGAGCUGGCUACAGCUGUGUUUGUGGAUGGAGAGUUGAUUGUGACGGUGCCAAAAGGUGGACGUGGCGGUGGUGAGUUUGCUGAUGGUAGGGAUGUUUGGGGUGGUCGUGGUGGAAGGCUUGUUCUUGUACAGUAGCCACAAGAAUCACUAAUAUAUAUUCUAAAAAAGAAUUAUUCUCCAAAUAAUAGUAUACUAAUAAUAAUUGUUGUACAUUAUGGGAUUGUUGUUGUUGUAAUAAUUGUUGUACAUUAUGGGAUUGUUGUACAUUAUGGUUGACUCGAGAACUUCAUUCUCCAUGUAA